AUGAACUCGACUUCAGCUGUCGACCUCCACAACAUCGGCAUCCACAGGGUGACGCAUCAUUUCGUCAUCGGCACUUGCCCCCACCAAAACCAGGGUCGUUGUCGUAACACAAUUAGAGUUGGACAUCAAAAGCUUGGCUCACAAAAACAGUGGCAUGAUGAUGAUAUGCAUCUGCAUCGGGCAUGCAGGGGCGGAGGGAAGGGGAGAAGAGAUGAUAGUAUUAAAAAUAGGAACUUUGAA